AGUAAUGUUGCCUCAGUCUGUACUUCCUUGUGGCUCCAGCAACACGCGGUACCUGUCCGAUAGAACGCCUAGGAGGGCAAGAGCUUGUGAUCGAACACUCGUAUACAACUUGAUAUAUCACAAGACGUUAUCCCCCAUUACAGUGACGGCCUCUGGAGUUCUCCAUCAGGGGCCCGAAUUGUGUGGAUCAAGAUUAUAGGACCCACUGAGGCUCCCAGCUGGUGGAAUUAACCUUAACACCAGACCGUCGCAAACUGAGGCAGGCUGAACCAACACACUAUAAUUACUUUUAGUGACUGUGAUCAAGACUUUAUUGGAUUUCAAAGCAACUGUAAACUCCUCAGAAAUAAACAAUACCUGUUGGCUUCACGACCGUCUUUCAUAAGAAUAUAUUAGAGAUAUUAGUAGUAUAAAAUACGAGGCUGUGAACGAAGCGAAAACCGAAUUGCAAAUUGACUAACGAGUCAGAGUAAGAGAAGAUAACUUGUAAACAUUACAACUUGUUUUCCAAGUAGCAAGAUGUACAAGAGCGGCAGGUUAUGGCCCAUGGGACAGCUGCUGCUGUUGCUGCUCAACGCACUCUACACACGAGGAAAGAUUUAUGAAAACGCUACAAAUGUAGAGCUGGAGGUGGGGAAUGUUGAGGCAGGAGCUAGGCUGUGCGUGAAGCCUAUGGAAGAGCACACAAGGCUUCAGCUUCACCUGGUCAUGAAGCCCUCUAGAGAGGGUCAAGAGGUCACCGUAGGCUCCACUCUCAUCAGGAAGAAGUGGCUCACAGUUGGUCAACUCCACAACCUCACCGUACAAUAUUAUAUUGCCAACAAUCAGCACAGACUAAAGGUUAAGAUUGACGACCAGGAGAUGAAGUAUAAGGCUAUCAUCACAGAUCCCUCUAUAAUCAGAUAUCGUUACAAGAAGAUCACCUUUAACAUCUGGGGAAAGGCUAUAAUUGACCCUUGCCCACCGGAGAACCUCCUGUCCUCUCUCUCGACGACACAAUUUCCACUAAAACCAGGAGGUAAAGCAACUGCUUCCUCUUGGUCCUCGCCCCGCGACAUCCAGAACAAUGCCGCUAAGUUACUACCGUCCCACACCAUCCUGGAAAUGGUCAAACACGCGGCCUCUACCACACCAACGCCUCACACCAGUCCUGGAAUUGACAGCAACACCACUGAGGAGGAAGGAAUCGAGGAGUCAGGGAGUAAUAGGUCAUUUCUGAUGGUGCUGGGUGCCGUGGGCGGGGUGCCGGUGGUGGUGCUGCUGGCGGCGGCCUUGCUGGUGGGCGUGGUGGUGGGCGUGGUGUCCGUGCUGCUCUGUAGCCGCUGUCGUCGCGCUCACAUCUCGCGGAGACGAGACCAGAGCGGGCUGCGGCGCACCCCCGUCUACGCGGAUACAAUAAGAGGCACACUGUCUUUCUUGAACAGGAACAGCUCGCCAGACAGGAUGAACUCCAGCGGCUUCAACAGCUGGAGCAGCCGCGCCAAUACUCCUCUGUAUCACAGCAAUAACAACACAGCUGAACGCAAAGAUAACAGCACCAACACCACUGAAGAGCGAAACUACAGCCGCACCACUGGUACGAUUGAAUGCAAAUGUAGCAGCACCAACAGCACAACUGAACGCAAUUAUUGCAGUAGCAACAAUGCGGCUGAGGGCAGCAGUGCGCACAGUUCGAUUGACCGCGGAAGAAAUUCGCUUAGUGUCCGCAAUCAGCAGAGCAGCCCAAGAGGCAGCAAACGUUCCCGACCAGAGAUCAGCUUCCCCAUCAUCGAGGGCAACUACUCGGUCCCCCACAUCACCUACACUGAUGCCGAGCUGAUACCUCUCAAAACGGCUUCCUCUCAAAGCAUUCAUCAGCAACUCGAUCAAAACACACAGUUAGGUACUUUUAGAUAUAUAAAACACUGAGUUUACGUCACACACAGAUAUCACACUAACGUGAUGCAUCAAAUGAACAAAUCCUCGUCACGGCCCUUGUGGAUUUGUUCACUGAUUUUACGUGAAACCUAGCAACUGGUGACUACGGACUGCGUGUAAAUAAUUAAGCAGUCCUGCUGUUGGGUGCAAGGAACACUCACUAGCAAAAAAACAACUUAUUUUUAGUAUACAGAUUAUGCAUAUUCGGGAUGGACUUUAUACUAAACAGUUGCAAUCCUGAAGCCGUUUUUCAGUGGCAGCAAAUUUCCAUUGCUAAUGAAUGGUCUCACACUUUGGUUUCAAUUCAAAUUUAAAAUAGCCUCAAUGAGCAGGCGCCGAGCUGUGGCUUCUUUUUUUCGGAAUGUAUGCAAUACUUAGUUGGCAACGAAGAUAAAUGUAUUCAACUUCACAUUAUUAACAUUAUCAAUUCACUCAUGUUGAGGCCUGAAUUAAAAAUUUUAGGGAGGACUUUAAAAAGUUUCAUGUAAAAUAUACAACAUACUAAUGUGUGUUUAUAUGACUGAUAGUCACCUUGUUGUGUACUUUCUCGUUAGUUAGCUACGGUCUCGAACCCAAUUUUAGGUACCGUUUCCUAAAUUAAUUUUUACUAUUCUCGACCCCUAUACUGAUUGAGGAGAGU